GACGCCGAGAGUUUGGGGUAGCGCAAGGGAAGCCAGGAACUGGUUUCGGAAGCUGGACGGCGCCAGGGGCAGAAGCCUCGAGUCCAUCUCUGGGACUCCGAAGUCUCGCCUUGGUGGAAACCUCACCCUAUUACCAGGCAUUGGCGAGGCGGCCUGUCAAUCAGCUCUCGGGCGGCAGCCCCCCGCGCGGGGGCUCAGCGAUGCUAGGCUUAGCGACAAGCGGCAGUGACGGCGGCGGCGGCCACGGCACAGACACACACCCUCCCACAGGCGCGCACUCGGGCAGCGCCGGCGAGCGGGCGGUGGAGGCACCCUCGGAGCCCGGUGCGGGUCAGGGAGGGGGCGUGCGACCGGGGACCGGCCCCGAAGCGCAGCAUGGAGGAAGAAAUGCAGCCGGCGGAGGAGGGGCCCAGCCUCCCCAAAAUCUACAAGCAGCGCAGCCCCUACAGCGUCCUCAAGACGUUUCCCGGCAAGAGACCCGCGCUGGCCAAACGCUACGAGAGACCCACCCUGGUGGAGCUGCCGCACGUCCGGCCGCCACCGCCGCCCUUCGCGCCGCACGCCGCCGUCUCCAUCAGCAGCAGCGAGCCGCCGCCGCAGCAGCAGUUCCAGGCGCAGAGCACCUACCCCCCGGGGCCCGGCCGGGCGGCCGCUGCCGCAGCCGCUUCGUCGUCAUCGCCUUCCGCCGCGUCCCAAGGCCACCUGAGGACUCCCGCCCAGCCGCCCGCCGCCCCCGCCGCAUCUUCAUCUUCGUCUUUCGCCGCCGUCGUCCGGUACGGCUCGGGCCCUGCGGCUGCCGCGGGCAGCAGCAGCGCUGGCAGUGACGGUGCCAACCUGGAGCUCAGCGCAGAGAGUCGCGUGAUCCUAGAUGCCUUCGCCCAGCAGUGCAGUCGAGUUCUGAGCCUCUUAAAUUGUGGGGGAAAACUUCUGGACGCCAACCACUCUCAGUCCAUGAUUUCUUACGUGAAACAGGAAGGCCCAAGUUACACUGAAAGACAGGACCAGUGCCACAUUGGAAAGGGGGUCCACAGCCAGACCUCGGACAAUGUAGACAUAGAGAUGCAGUAUAUGCAAAGGAAACAACAGACUUCUGCCUUUUUGAGAGUCUUCACUGACUCCCUACAAAAUUACCUGCUCUCGGGGAGCUUUCCAACUCCGAACACCUCCGCGGUCAGCGAGUACGGCCACCUGGCGGACGUGGACCCUCUGUCAACCUCCCCGGUGCACACGCUAGGGGGCUGGACCUCCCCAGCAACGUCCGAAUCCCACGGUCACCCGUCUUCCUCUACACUGCCGGAGGAGGAAGAGGAGGAGGAGGAGGAAGGCUACUGUCCUAGAUGCCAAGAACUGGAACACGAGGUUAUUUCAUUGCAGCAAGAAAAUGAAGAGCUCAGAAGGAAAUUAGAGAGCAUCCCAGUGCCCUGCCAGACCGUGCUAGACUACUUGAAGACGGUGCUACAGCAUCACAACCAACUCAUGAUCCCACAGCCAGCUGACCAGCCCACCGAGGGAAGCAAGCAGCUGUUGAACAACUAUCCUGUCUACAUAACGAGCAAACAGUGGGACGAGGCUGUAAAUUCUUCAAAGAAAGACGGGAGGCGGCUCCUUCGAUACCUCAUCCGAUUUGUUUUCACGACCGAUGAGCUUAAGUACUCAUGCGGCCUUGGGAAAAGGAAAAGGUCAGUGCAGUCAGGAGAGACAGGUCCUGAAAGACGCCCUCUGGAUCCAGUUAAAGUAACAUGCCUCCGAGAAUUCAUUAGGAUGCACUGCACCUCCAACCCCGACUGGUGGAUGCCCUCAGAGGAGCAGAUCAACAAGGUGUUCAGCGACGCCGUGGGCCACGCCCGGCAGGGGCGCGCAGUGGGGACGUUCCUACACAACGGGGGCUCGUUUUACGAAGGGAUCGACCCCCAGGCUGCCCAGGAUGAGGUCUUCAACAAGAAUUCCCAGGAUGGGUCUGGGGAUUAGUGGACAAAGCUGCUCCUCCACAGUAGCCGCCGCUCCUCUCAUGAGUUCUCAUUGCGAACGUCCUGUUCCCAUCACCUUAGAGUCCAGAGUGCGGCAUUCUGUCACGCGCCCUAAAUCUGAACUCUCUCAACCCAGUGACACACUUCCCAAGUAGAAAUCCACUUCAGAGUCAUUCGGGAAGUCUGUGGAGCCUACCGCAGAUUUUCAGAAUAUUACAGAAAAGAAAAAGCUACCGUUGAUUUUGCAAGGUUACUGCUGGCUAGAUGGUGAGGGUGGAAAACAAAAAAAUAGGCAGACUCCGAGUCUCCUGUCUGAAAUAGAGUAAACUCUGCUUCCUGAGCAGAGCCGGUCCCGUGGGAAACACUUACAAGGGGCAAGCAUGCCCUUACUUUCACUGUACUAAUCAUGAUGUUUUCCAAAGACUUGAAGUCAUACUUCUCAUUCGAGACAUAGGACAGGUUAGAUCAUAUGCUGUGUCUAUGCUGACAGCCUGUUGUUAACUAGAAACCAGAGGACAGAGACCACCUCUAGACAGUGAUUAAUGGGAAGUCAGCUGUUAUUUCUCAGUUAUUUUUACCAAAAAAGUUCUACCGCAUUGAUCAGGAAGACAUUGUGUGAUCUCGGGAGUUUACAAGCAGUAAUAGUUCUCAUUAUGUCAGUCAAGAAACAUCCAAAGAU